GAAGGAAGGAAGGAAAGGGAAGGGAAGGGAGACACGCUGCUCUCCGAGAUCUGCGCUCCCGUCGGGCUCCCGGAGUCCCACAGCCGGGAGCGCCCGGCUGGCACGGCGUCCCCUCCCUCGCGCGCCACAAGUGGGCGCUGGGGCUCCAGGCGGCCCCUUGCGCCCCGCGGGCACGGCGGUCCUGGAUAAGCCUUUGGGGGCCGGGGCCGGGGCCGGGUGCGGGCCGCGGGGAGCUGCGGGGCCUCUGGAAGGGGCGGGCUCGCUGCAGCCGGGAAGCCCGGAGCCGCCCAGGAAUCUUGGCUCGGCCCGCGCUGUUUCCUCCCCGCCCGCCCGCCCGGCGCGAUCCCGGACAGACGCCCGCUCGCCCCGCACCAUGCGCCCGCUGCUCUGCGCGCUGGCCGGGCUCGCUCUGCUCCGCGCCGGUCAACCAGCCUGGUGCUUUCGCAGGGCCUGUGGGUCCCACACAGCUGCCAGCUGUCACACCGGGCAGUGCUCCUCCACCCGUGGCCACCGUCCAGGCGCCCAUCAGGCCCAGGCAGGAGCCAGGCCAGAGAAAGCAGCCCAGCAUCCGGGAAGUUCUCACUUCAGAUCCUUGAUGGGAUGCUGGGAUCCACCUCCCUCCUCCUUCCUCUGUCCUGCACACUGCUAUACUCCAACAUCUGGACAGCAAAGCUCAGAGAGGCUCUUUCUCUGCUGCUCACCAUCUUCCCCUGCGGAGCCCCUCAGCGCCUCCCAAGGAGACCCUGCUUGGAGCGCAGGCUGUGACAGACUUGUGGCUGUCCAAAGCCGUUUAGAGGUCAUGGAGGAGACGGUGGAGAAGACCGCAGAGCACCUGGAGGCCCAGGUGAAAAGCCUGCUGGAGCUGCUGGAGGAGCUGUCCUGGAACCUGCCGGCGGUGCCCUUCAGCCCGGCCCCUGACCUCCUCGCGGACGGUGAGUGGCUGAGCACAGAGCACAGCCCCUGCGCCUGUCACCCGGAAGGCCUCGCCCAGCCCUUCCUUUGCUGGAGAAGCCCUCUCCGCUCCGUCUCCUUCCACCUCCCUUCCCUGGACGCCCCUCCUGCUGCACCCGAAACUCCCUCGGGGACGAUGGCGCCCCCUGGUGGGCACCGGUGAGGUUGUCCCCUGCUCCCUCCCUGUGCCUCUUUUCCCUACAUGGCACCUCCCAAGGGGGGUGGGGAGGAGCCAGGAGGGAGCUUCCGUGCCCCCGGGGGUGAGGAGGCUUCGCUACCCCCAGAUGCCCGCGCGGGGUCACCCCUUCCAGACCACUUCUGAGCACCGAGGUGGGCGAGCCCAGCUGCUGGAGGUGAUGCCCGCUGCACAGCACCCCUCUGAGGACAGAGUCGCACCUUCCUUCCCCUCCUUUGCCUGAAAUAAAAGUUACUCCUCCAGCCCCCUGUCUGCUGACAGAAUCACCCCGUAACCGCAGCCCUCCUCCCUCCGCUCCCCGCCCUGAGGCCCCAUCCCCCUCUGCACUGAGAUCCACGCCCCUGGCCAUCGGGGCUUCAGCCUUCUUUUUAUAGAGGCAGGCUGGGCAGGGGUCAUCCAGAGGCCGGGCACUGUGGGCAGAAUCUUAAGGGGACACGGCCUUGCUACUUACUGAGGCCGGGGCCGCAGAGGAGCAACAGCCCCACCUGGACGCUUGUCGCAAACGCAGGCUCUUGGGACCCUCCCCGGCCUCCUGAAUCCCAAUCUGCACUUUGAUGUGGUCUCCAGCGGUCCGCGUGCCCAUUCACCGUCCUCCCCACCCACCUCUCACCCCCGGUGCUGGGGACCGAGUUCCCCUCUCUCCUGAGCUAUAUCCCCAGCCCCCUUUUAAAAAUUCCUAUUGCAAUAACGUUCCCAUAACAAAUUCCCCAAUUUUAGCCAUUUAAAACUACAAAUUCAGUGGCUCCCAGUGCUUUCAUAAUAUUGAAUUCCAAAACAUUUUUAUCAACCGAAAAAGAAACCAUGGGCCAGUUAAGCGGUCACUUCCUGUAUCACAUGCCACCACCUCUGGAAUCCACAAGCCUUUCUGUUUGGAUGGACUUGCCUAUCCAGGACACUUUAUAUAAAUGAAACCAUACAAAACAUGG